AUGAUGACGUCACUUCCCGAAGACGCCAUCCUUGACAUCAUAGCGCGUGUAUCAAGAUUCGACUAUCCAAUCCUCUCCAUCGUCUCAAAGCACUUCCGAUCACUCGUUGCGUCCCCGCGAGGCGAUCUUUGUUGGGCUGCACCGAACUCUGUCUCUAUGAUGUCCGCUACAACAGCUACCAGAGUGGUGGCCAUUUCUAUAUUCUCCGCCGGAAAGCCAACAGAAAUAGCUGCUUGGACUAACAAUGUCAAUAGGACAACGAGUGCGCUAACCAUCGAUUGUAGAUCUCACACGGCGCAACCUCUCCCGAGCCUGCCUGUUCUCAUGUCUGGUCUUCCAAUCGCUGACAUCAUCGACGGGAGAAUCUACGUAAUUGGAGAUUGCCAUUAUUAUCAAAGGAAGAAGGCGGUGGUGGUGUUCAAUACAGAAACACAAACGUGGGAGAAGCCUGCGAUGAAAAGGCUAGACAUCGAGCUAGGUAACACGUAUUAUGGCUGUGUGGUGAUGGCUGGUAAGCUGUACACGAGGGAUUCCGAUAACAGCUUUGCUUACGAUCCAAAGGAAAAUAAAUGGGAAACCGACGAGAUUUUGAAUUUACAGAAGUGGUACAAUGCGUGUGUCAUCGAUGACGUAUUGUACUACUACGAUUGUAUUGAGUUUAGUAGAAAGAAUAUCGACACAUUAACAUUGUGA